UGUGCUUGACUCUUUCGGCCUUAUUGAAUGUGUGGGCCAUAACAGAUAUAGCCAAGAUAUUGGUUAUGGGUGCAUAUAGUCCACACAUCUGUAUUUAUGUAGCUUCAAAUUCGAGCUCAAGUUCCCUUAUAACCAUGCUCGCUUGGGUGAACCGGUUUCGAGUUUUGUCGCACCGCAAAAACCUCUUGUAUUCUGAUUAGUUCCCACACAUAUCAACAGGUAGCUGCAGCUCGAGCCGCUUGUGUGUGAGUGAACUUGCCACCGCGGACACAUCGGAAGUUGCUGCCCAGCUAGCCAGCCGCCGCCAAAUGCUGAAAUUCCGAAAUACAGAAUCUCUGAACUUCCCCAGAAGUUCAAACGCACACACACACAAAUAGAACUCACAAUGUAGCGCAACAAGCUCCUCCGUCCCCCACACGCCCCGCUGUCUUGACCGCGCUCUCGAAAACCUGCUGCCGCUGCACAGAAAUCAAAAGUGAACUCACUGCACGCGGCCCUUUCCCAUCCCCUCCCGCUCAACUCGUCGGAGAGCCCCUCGUUGGGCGCCAAAUAAAAACGAACGGCAGUUCGUUGCCUUCGUUCUUGCUUCGCGUGCUUCGUAUCUUGAUUUGUGCCCGGUUCUAGUUGGCUAAGCCAUUCGGCUGACACUCGGUCCGUCGCCUCGGCGCUCGUCGGCUCUCUCUUCGGGUGGGGCUGCGGCGCUCGGCCCACUCCCACUCCACUCGGCCCCACUCGCAGUCAGUCGGCAGGCAGAGCAAGAGCAGCCCGCAGCUUUUUCGUGGGGAGAUCGCAGUUCUUCGCUUGCCAAUCGAUGUCGUUCCGGAAAUCGUAGUUCUUAGGCUUUGUUUGAUUCGGUUACACGGCAAUUGGCGGUAAUUAGGAGCAGUGGCCAUCACAUUAAUUAUUGAUAGUACGCGCGGCAGACAAGUUGGCCCCGCGAUAAGCAAAUCGCCAGUUUGCCGAGUGAGAGGCAGAGUGGAAUGCAUUUGAUUAGAUUGCGAUGUGUUUGUUCGGCCGUCAUUGUUGUCAAUAAACAAAAGCUGGCUUGCAGUCACAGCGACUAGGAGGUUAACCUGACUUACCCGUUUCGGUUUUGAAUUCGGUUUAAUUGCGGCUUUCUCGAGCGAGCCGCGCGAUUUUGGCAGUCUUGCAGAAUGAAUUUCGUUGUGCACCGGAAACAACCGAGAACGAAAUAACAAUCGGCCAUUCACAAAGCCAUAAAGCACCACCCUGAAAUCGUCUGAAAUAUCAAUCGUAUUGAAAAAUGUGUGUCAUAAGUGCAGAAGUGAAGUGCAGCUUAAUGCGAAAAGUCACGAAAGUGCAAUUGAUUUAAAUGAAUUUUUGUUUAAUUUGUAUAAAUAUUUUCACUACUCGUAACUCGAGAGCCCGACCCACAAAAGUCGGAAAAGUGCAAGUUCAUGGGGAAAUUUAAAUACCAAUUUGUGCAAACUGAUGGGCAAAAUCGGAAUGGUGAUACCAUUUAAAGGCAAUGCGGCUUUCAAUUGCUGACGAAGAACUUUCAGAUUAAUGCAAUUAAAAUUGGCUUUCUGUCGACUAACAAUAAACCGUUGAGAAUAGCAAAUGUGUGCCAAAGCAGAUCCAGACUUCUGGCAUCAGUUAAGACCAAUUAACAGCAUCGUUGCGACACUAAAUCAAGGAAAAUAGUUCCAAGGCGUGCAGCAAACAUAAGGAGGAAAAUGUCAGCCACUCAGCCGAAGGAUACGGCAUUGAAGACUACGGAGUCGCCGGCUGAAGCAGCAGCCCCUCUGGCCCCACUCACUGCCAAAACAGCAGUAGCAACGCGGAAAACUUUAACCUCCAGCGCGGCUUUGUCAUUGUUUGAUCAGCUGAAAAACAGCGUCAAUGUAAACAGUUUGACAAUUGGCGCCGGCGUCAGCAACAACAGUAGCCCAGAAGCCACUCCAUCUAAAACAGCGCCAGCCAGUGCACCCGCCGCCACAACCACACCAUCCACACCACCCACAUCCAAAACCCCCUCUCCGUCCUCCAAUAUCGAACUGAAGCCACCGGCCAAGCCCGCGCGACCCUUCACCUCGCCCAGCACCAUUGGAAUCGUGCAGGGCACCAAACGGGGGCCGGGCGGAGUGGGAGUCGGGCUCGGAGCCCAAGCAGCCAAAUUGGAUAUAAACGCAUUGCGAUCUCAGCUCUAUCAGGGCGCCAGGAAGACUGCAACAACAACUCGAGUAGGAGUCGGCCAAGCCACAACCGUGACAGCAGCCCCCAGAACAACUGGAGGAGAACGCGGGACAAAGGGGUCGAAGAAGCGCUGUCUGGAUCGGUACGACUCGUCGGAGUCAUCAGACAGGUGA